UUCUCUUCUCCUCCUUUCUUCCCGGCGGACUGCCCUCUUGUUGAUAAACCUCCGAACCCUUCGAUGCCUUCUUAGCCUAUCGUUACGUCUGUUGGAAAGGAGGUGAAGCCAUACGAUACCGGAGACUGGUGGACACCCUCUCUUUGCCCCUGCCCCCGCCGAAGGUGGCCGCUCUGGUCAUACAACCACCCCCGUCCAUCGUCAGUUCACAGGCAGGGCCCGCUAGUGAACAAUAAGAAGAAGAGAAGAAGAAGAAACAAAAGAAUGUCUACGGUUUCGUCACCGUCCCCAUCGACUGGGAGCCCACAGCCGGAACGGGCCCGUCUGCCGUCCAUCGCGCGAUGGGGCGCUGCUUGUGCGCAAUGUGCGUCGGCCAAAGCCAAGUGCCUCCGGUCCAACGACACGCCGGGAUCAAAGUGUGACAGGUGUGAGCGUCUAUUCAAGACCUGUACCGCACAAAUACACAAGAAAAGGAAAAAGAGACAUAGCAAGCCAUCGAAAACAACCCAGCUGGAAGAUCGCUUGAACCGUCUCGUGAACUCCCUACGAGUAUCUGGCAACACCUCCGCCCUCACAGCCGAGGCCUCCCAACCCGCCUCCUUUGCAAGACAGACACCUCUGGUCGCCGACUACUCCACCGCACUACCAUCCGGCCACCCGGGGCCGGAUUUCUACACGCAGACUCCGGAAUCUCCAUGUACUGUGUUGAACUUAGCCAGUGCCGGUCCAAUCAACAUCCCCGAGUCGUAUAACUCGUUCGUCCCGCCUAAAUGCAUAUGCAGACCUGAGCCCGGCGAGGCCCCGCCGCCUCCUGACACGGAUGAGAACCUGCUGAAGAUCUACCGUAGGGAGCUGGCGCCGCGGUUCCCGUUCGUGCUGGUACCCGAUGGCGUCUCGGCCUCGACCCUCGGCGCGACGAGGCCCUUCCUCAUGGCCGCCAUCCGGAUGGUGGCGUCGUACCGGAGCACGAGGUCGAGGCGGGGGCAAAUGUACCGUCUGCUGAAUCACGUCGCCGACUACAUGAUGCUGCGGUCCGAGAGGUCCUUCGACCUCCUGCUCGGCCUCGUGGUCAUGAUCGCGUGGUUCCACCACCACUGCCUCAUCCACGCGCAGCUCAACCAGCUCGUGUCCCUGGCCGCCUGUCUUGUGGGCGAGCUGGGCCUGAAGAGCAGCCCGAGCCUGCCCGAGCGUACCAGACUCUUGGUGAUGCGCCCAUGGGAGCUAAGGGAGCGGACGAACGAGGAGCGGCGUGUCUUGCUGGCGGUGUGGUACCUCUCCUCUGCGGUUUCCAUGGAAGUACGCCAGAUAGACCCAAUGAGAUACUCGGGGUAUAUGCAGCAGUGCAUGCGGGAGCUCCAAGAGAGCGGGGAGCACGAGUCGGAUAUGCACCUUGUUUACAUCGUCAAGAUCCAACGGCUCUGCGAGAGGAUAUACGACUUGAGGUCCCAGGAAGACGCCGACGGGGAAGAGGAUACCGUCUCUCGAGCGCCCGUAUCGGCAUAUGUCUCCGGGUUUAGGGCCGAGCUCAACAAGCUCCAGACCGAAAUGCCUCCCAGGCUACGACAUAACCCCUUUCUCAAGAUACGAAUGGCCACCGCCCGACUCCGCAUCCAUGAGCCCCCCAACAUCGAUGCCGAGCUGCUCGCCUCCCUGUCAAAGUCCCUCGACUACUUUGGCGGCGGAGGGGGCCCGAGCAGGACGCUGGACGCCUUCUACCAGUCCAACGCCGCGUUGAAGGCGUGGUUCGACACCUGGCUCUCGAUGCCCGAGGAUAGCUUCUGCACUAUGCCGAUAUCGACGACGUCGCACAUGGUCUACGCCGUCAUGAUGCUGAGCCGGUGGGCGUGGCUCGCAUCAUCGUGGGGCGGCGGCGGCGGCGGCGGCGAUAACAGCCUCUCGACGACGACGCCGACUUUGACGUCGGAGCCACUCGAUCCGUCGGAGGGGAAUCCCAACGUCACGCUGGCGGCGAUAGAGGCGGCCAUCAGCCCCAACACGCCAGCGGCGGCGUCGUCGUCGAGCAGUCCCCCGGCAGCGCAGAAGGCAGGGAGCUGCAACGGCGGCAAUAGCGGCAGCUCGCCGUGGCAGACGACGCUGCCGGACAAGAAGCUGCCACAUGCCCUCGUGGCGCUGAGGGCGCGGCUCGCGACGCAGCCGGGCCUGAUUCUCGACGCCGGGGAGUACCUGGACCGGGUCGUGGCGCAGCUGGAGAGAUUCGACGCGGCGUACCGGGCCAUGUCGGUCGACGGGGGCAGGGAGUGCGGGAACAUAUGGAGCCUGGGGGCGACCAAGGUGAAGAUUGCGCGGCUGAGGCACGAGAGGUGGUUCAGGAUGGUGGCUGCGCAGGCGGAGGUCGGGGAGAUGGAAGAGCAGGUCAGAUGGGGAGGCCCGGGGGUAGGAGGCCCGGAGACGAUGGUGGGCGAGGUCGAGUUGCAGGACAGCUUCCUCGCGUCGAUGCAGAUGCCCGAAUGGGACGCGGGCAUGGCAUGGGACCAGUCGAUGGCGUAUCAUGAUCCGAUGGCGGUGGACCAGCACCUUUGGACGGAUAUGAUGGUACCGGGGGAUCAGGAUUGGGGGUUGAGUGGAAUGGGCGGGAGGUAUGUGUGA